CAACUCCUUCAAAAUGUUUCAAUAACUAAAUAUGACUAAACGUAACUAAAAUUAUAGUGAAAUUCGUUAUCUAAUUUAAAAUUUCAGUAAAUAAAUACUGUAUCGUCUCCUAGGACAAUAUAGUUCAUAUAAAAUGAGUGCUUUCCUACCUUUACAAGUAGUUACCCUGUUAUUUAAGCUCUGCUGGGUCAUUAUUCCUGUCCUCAUCUUCUUAGGCCUCGCUGGUACGUACAUACUAUGGCAAAUGAACGGCUACGAGGAACGAAUACAAGAUAAAGUAAACGAUAUCGUCACCGCGUUCCUAAUGUACUGACGUCAGUUGUCAUGGCAACGCGAUUUGUUAUGGCAACGCUCACCGAUGGCUACAGAUGAGGAAAAAUCCAAGUUGGCGAAACUCCUUCAAGGUUUAGAAGUCCCUGAGGUGAAAUUGACGGAGAGGUGUAAGGAUAUUGUGAAUUUGUUCCAUGAAAAGUUUGAUAAGGAGGUUGAGGAGGAAGAAAUGAGGGAUCGCGUUGCCAGAGACACGGAAACGUUUGAUGAGAACCCGUACAAGGUUAAUAGUGCACUACUUGAAGAAAAUGAGCGAAAAUUGCGUGAGCUUCUUGCAAUGGGAAAACGAGCCAAAAAGGAGUUAAAAGAAAGCGUCCAAUCCGUAUCCGACCCCAAGCGUCCAUGGCGCACUCACACUAGCAAAGAAAAGCUACUACGUAUAGACAACGAGCUAAAACGUCACCACGAAACUGGUUCCCAAGUCGUAGCUCCCAUGACCGACGGAGAUAUGAGAGACCUCGUCAAAGAAUGCCAAGAAGAAACACAACUGUCUGCCAAGAUCUCAGCUGAGAGACUAAGAGACACUGUCGAUUCGGCUAAGAGGAAUCUACCAAAUUUUCAAUACAAGAAAAUUGAUAAUGGCACAGCUACUGCCAUCUUACCAGAAGCGCAUGAACCUCGAGAUGGAGCUAUGAAAAAAUAAGUUGAUUAUAUGAUGGCAUUUUUGGAACAUUUUCAUGGAAUUACUUAUUUAUUAUGACGUACGAUUAGAUAGAAGGUAAUAAUGAAUCUUGAACCCGGAAACAAGUUUGAAAUAUACAAUU